GAGACCCGGGCAGUUCAAGCCGGGCAGCACGCCCGUUCACACGGCUCCCUAUCUCGCUCUCCGCGCCUAUAGUCUCGCGUUCGCGCGGGUAUUUUUUCGUCUCUCUCUCACUGUGGUGAUCCGUUUGUACGGAAAAGAAAAUUGUGUGCACUUUACUUGCGAGGACGAAAGCGAGAGAAGCGAGCGGAAGGAGCCGAGCUGCUCUGGCUCGAAAGAGACAGAUAGAGAGAGAGAUAGAGUCCGGCAAAGUAACAGAAAUCCAUCGCUGCUCCCUCUGAUUGGAAAAUGCAGCGAUAGUUCAGCACAAACAGCAUCUCAAAAAGCAGCUAGCAGUACCCGGCUCUUUGUCAACAACGCCAAGGUCAGCACCAUCAUCGGGAUCGAACCUCGCAGAAAGAGCAAAGGAGAAGGAUCCCGCGCACAGGCGGAGGGUCAAGAGCGCGCGCGCGCGCUCCUAGACAGUAUAGCAGUGGGCUCAGCCUCUCGCCGGCUGAUCGCGUAGGCAUGCUCGUCACGUCGCGCAGACGCUCGAGGCGAGCCGCGAGUAUCCGGGGAUCGUGAGGAGCGGAAGUGCCGCCGCUCUCAUGAAAGAGCCGACGAUACGAGAGCAAGUCAGCAGCAGCCAGAGAGUUUGCAGCAGCCUCGCCGCUGUCCACAGCCGGACGCCAAUAUGCUGCCCAACAGCGUCAUGUCCUUCGUCAAGAAGAUGGUCACAACACAGCCAGAUGCCAGCUCGAGCGCCGCCGCAACGGAUGACGGCUGUCAGACAUUCAGCAAGUUCAAGCAGAUUACGGACUUCAUGACGGUUACUAGCACUGCGGCGAAACUGACACCGGCUAAGGUCACGACCGUGGAAAUCAUACAGCCUAAGGAGAGUACGCCAGUCAUCGAGCCGCCCAAAGUAAAAACGGAGCAAGAAAAGGCGUUGAGUAGAGCUGCGGGUUGUCGAGUCUGCAUAAAAUCCAUCAAGCCUGAGGAAGUUUCGCGCACGUGCCAUGAGUGCCAGCGAAAAGUCUGCGAGGACUGCGCCUCGUACACAGCCGACACCGACGAUCCCAUGUGGCGCUGUAGCGUCUGCAGGCGGAAGUUGGCUGCCCGCGACACGCCGACGAUCGGAAACGAGUCGACCGAGGGUUCGCUGGAGGUGCCGAUGCCGGAGGGCCUGGUCAGGCGGCACAGCGACGCGCGUCUCGGUCCUCAGUCUGGCAUCAUAUCCGUCGGAGCCGUGGGAUCAGGUCUGGCGCCACCCCGUAGCCCUGAUCUUGGGCGUCGACACUCGGACGUGUCGCCCGCCAGCCUAAAGGAUCUGGAGAAGUUUCGAAAGGUUGCAGGGGAGCGCCGCAGCGAGGAUUGGGAGUGGCGCAGCAAGUCGAGGAGCGGCUCGCCCGAAAGGCAUCAGGACCAACAGCCUAGAGAACGAGAUCGGGACAGAGGAGGGGGAGGAAGCGAUAGACAAAGAGGCUCGAGUCCACAGCGAUCUGGAAAGAUGACGGACCAAGACAACAAUGGUGGCGCCGUAGACAUGGAUGACGAAGAACUUCCCAGGCACCGAUCGAGUAGACGCAAGUCUCGGGUGACACGUCAACAUUCUUACGACGACGAGAUCAAAAGUGCAGCAAUCGCCGCAUCUUUGUCUUCUGGCGUUAGCGGUGGCCACGGAGAAGGUCCACCGGGUCUCGGACUUCCAGGACAGCUGUCGAGGCGCAAAUCGGCGUAUGACGUUUACUCGGCAGGUGGCGCUGGCGGUCUGUCGGCGAUCGUGGCGCCACAGCAUCGGGCCUCUAUAUCUUCGCAAGGUAGACGCGAGCCGGAUGCCGAGACACAACCUGCGCCAACGUCGCGGCGUCCAUCGUUCCGCGCCAACAAGCCGGUGAUGCCUUACGAAAUGUCUGCGGGUGCUCCCGGAACAGCCGACGACGAGAAGAUGAUCAAUCUCGACGCGGCGCCUAAGCCGGAAGUAGACCAGGGCAUACUUAUGCCAGACGAGGAGCUGCGUACCCGGCGACGUGGAUCUCAGCUACCAAACAUCGAGGCGAUAAGGGCACAAUUAGCUACAGCUGCUGCUGCAAGUUCGGCCCCUGCUCCAGGACGAGCUGGACCUGUAGCUCGAGUCAACGUUGACGAGCGGGAGUUGGCUCGUCAAGGUAGUCUCGCCGAUGGUGAGGGAAUCAAGAUCGUCAUUCACGACGUUGACUGCGACAUGCUGCCGAGAGCAAAGAAGAAAGUCAUACUGCGGAAAGACAUCGUAAUAGAAAAAGGACACAAAGUGCGCAGCUUCGGUAUGAGGGUUGUGGGAGGCAAGAUCGGCAGUGACAAUCGUCUCUACGCCGUUGUCGUGUGGACUGUUUCCGGAGGACCGGCCGACAAGGCCGGCUUGCAACGGGGUGAUAAGGUUCUAGAGUGGGGCGGCGUCUCAUUGAUUGACCGCACGUUCGAGGAGGUCGCGCACAUUAUCGACCGUAGCUCCGACGUAGCCGAGCUCGUCAUCGAACACGCAACAGAUAUAAGCGGGGACCACCUGGACGAGCCUGGCGGUAUGGUGUCGGCGCCUGAGAAAGUACCCGGUAACCUUGGACUCAGCCAGCUCGAAUCGGAUACAAACAAAGCGCCAUCGUCACCGACUCGCAGGAAACUGCCAAAGACGCCGGAACAACUUGCAAAGGAGCGCCAGGUGACGGGACGCGUGCAGAUUCAGGUCUGGUACGAGGCGGACCGCAAGGAACUCGUCGUCUCAGUCCUCGCGGCGGAUGACCUCUGCACUCGCGAGGACACCGGAUACGGCUCGGCGCCCGAGGCCUUCGCCAAACUCGAUUUGGUCUCGCCCAGCGGUGAUGCGACAUCACUGAAGACGGACGUGGCUGAACCGACGCACAAUCCAAUCUGGAAUGCGACGUUGAACUUCACGGGCGUCGCUGGCGAGCAGCUGAUUGACCGAAUGAUCGAAGUGACUCUCUGGGAUUAUUGUCCCGACAGGGACAGCCAGUUUCUGGGUGGCUGUUCAAUCGACCUCACCAGCGCCUUUGAAGCCGACCGGGCUGUUUGGUACCGACUUGAAGAUCCACGAGGCCUGCGAUCAGGCAGGUCACCCCACUGCUCGCCUCGCGGCUCGCUCUCUAUCGAACUGGCGCAGCGUCUGCUCCGGCGAACGGACCUGCGCGAGCGCAGCUACAGCGACGACACGCAGAGCGACAGCGGUAGCCCCGAGCCUUACUUCCUGCACCCGGAUCAUGCCUGGCUAUCCAACUCUCGCCGAGGCUCCAGUCAAUCCGAACAGCUCGAGGUCGAGCCCUACGAGCUCAGCAAGGACUAUAGCCGUUCGCUGCCCGGCAGCAGACGCAGCAGCUUCCAAAGCCAGACCGGCGGCACGGAUAGUAAACGAGGUAGCAUGGGCGAAGCGGAUGUGUCGAUGGUGCACUACAACCGCGAGAGGCGGCGUAGCUCAUUCGCCCGACCGAUGCGGGAUCAGGAAGAGAUUCUCGAGACGUUACGUGUGCUCAAGGCACAAAGUGGCGGGCAGAAAGGCGAACUAUCGCGCACGAUGAGCCUUACCGGCGAGAAGCGACGACCCAAUCCCCAGGGAAUCUCGAGCCACCACCCAAGGGCGCAACAACGAGUUUACGCAUGAUCGGUAAGGUCACGUUUUUUUUCUCACUCUUUCUCAUUAUUAACUGAAUACCGAGAAUUCGCUACAGUGUUUCAUCUUUGUCUUACUGUCUGUCUCUCUUUGUACAACACAGGUUAUCUUUCUCUUUACUUCAUUAUAUUUUACAUUUUCAAUUACUUGGCCACUGUGACGAAGCUUCAAGUAUAUUAACGAGGAUUCAAUUUUCAAUGGUCCGUCCUUUUAUUUCCCUUUACUCUUCAUUUCAUUUUAAUUGUACUUACACAAUUACAAUUAGUGUGCUAUGCACUACUCCUCUCGUAGCUACAUUUUAACGAAAUUAAUUUUCAUUCACGUCAGCGAAGGAUCGUCUCACAAUAAUGAGAAUGCCGCUCCGUUCUCCAUUUCGAAUUAUUAUAUUUUCCACUGUUAAUUAUUGUUGAAAUAAAUUAUUGCAUGCCAAUGCAUAAACUCAAAGUUAAAUGAAGCUCGUUCAGAACCAUAGGCAUGUUCUACAUUAGUCGCUACGUGAGCAAUGCGACCUGCCCUUGAUUUCCCUUUCUCUUUGUUACUCUGUUACAUCACCACAGUUCUCUGUUGUAUGUCUAUAUCUUUCGUUUUAUCACCCACAUAACUCAUCGUGUCGUUGCGAUUAAUGUUUCACAUCGUUUCCUCGACAAUCGUAUAAAUAUAUACAUGGCGAACGUUCCGUGUGUAUUCAGCAACAACAGCAACGAAAAAAGCACGAUCAAAUAAAACAGUGACCCGAUUCAGCCGUCCACACAUAUAUCCAGUGCUGAUCACGUGUUGUCCAGAAAAGUGUGUCUUGUUACCAACUCCCUCCCUUCCUCUCUCUCUCUCUCUCUCUCUCUCUCUCUCUCUCUCUCUCUCUCUCUCUCUCUCUCUCUCUCUCUCUAUCUCUCUCUCUCUCUUUGCGAAUCUUUCGCAGUGUCUGAACCAGAGAGUGGCGAGCGACUAUGUCAAUUUCAUAACGACAUUCAAAACUAACAAACAAACAAAACACAAUUUUACGAAACGACAGAAAUCUUAUCCAAAUCUUUGUUACUUAUAGCCUUUAAUAAUAAAAACAGGCUGUUUAAUAAUAGAUUAAUUGUUCUUACAAUAGCGCUGCUAAUACUUCAUCAGCGCUCACACGCAUACACGCGCGCAUAGGUAAAACAAAGAGACGAGUGAACCCACGCACGUUUACGCGCAUACACACACACACACACACACACACACACACAAAUGCAAUAAUCCGGGGGGAUCGAUGGGCACCCGUAUAUACGUCAUAUUGCCUGUACAUGAGAUAUUGUUAUUACAUGUACCUGUUGCUCUAUAUCUAUAUUAGAUAUGCAAGAAACGACGAGAACAAUUUUACGCCACUUAUACAGAACCACAGCUUUACAUUUUGUAAGUCUCGAUUGCAGCUUUUAACCCCGUGCAGUCUGCCACCGGACACAAGCUUCUUUCCGUGUACUUCUGCUUCUUCGUAAUUUCACUUUCUGUGACUGCUCAAUAUAUACAUCAAAGAAGGCUGCAAUUGUUGUUCUCUUUCUCGUAUUGUCCGUUUUCGUAUCCAUACAGUAUAUUGCGCUGUUACUGUCACCCAACUGCCGACUCAUGCCCAGUCAGCUUAUCUGCAGCAGUGUGCGUUUUGUUUUAACGAUUGUUUAUCAUUUUUAACUUAUUUACCAUUAAUUGCAAGGAUCCUUCGUACGAGAAUGUUUACCUAGCACGCUCGGGCCAGAUGGCGCCAGUACGCGUCAGCACUGUCAUGGCCGCCGCACCUAUAACACAGCUGAAUGUAUAGCUGUAAUGUUAGCUGUGUUAUAAGUGUAGCGGCCAUGCCAGUGCUAACGCUAACCUAUGCUGGCGCCAUAUGACUCAAGCUUACAGAGCCAACAUCCUCAUACGCAGAUAACUGCUUAAAUUGCCUUCUGAUCGUUUACAUUAAGUUUAUGUUCUUUAUUGUUUUGUUACAACACUAAGUUUUAGAUGUCAUUUAUUUUGUAUUAUCAUUGUGUUUGUGGAAGUCAAAAAUUGAAAAAAAAUCUACAUCGCAGGAGGAUUUAACUUAAGGCGGAUAUACCUCAAAAAAGCUCUUUAGUGAUGAUCCAUCAUUUUCUUUCAAAGCAAAGCGCAACUGCGUUAUGGUUAUAUUCUCUGGGCCUACGUUAUGAUAUUAUUACUUAUGCCAAGAAAAGCGAGUGAAUUUUCGUGCCGUUGCGAUGAUUUUGCAUCACUUAAUUCGUACCUUGUUUUGCCUUACUCGUGCAGCUCGAUUCUGAAAAUUUUAAGCAGACAAGCUACCCUGCAUCAAUAUGUUCUGAUUUUUCAUACAUUUUGACAAUGAAGUAUAAUACUUUCAAUGUUAUAAUAAUUAUGAUUAUAUCGCUAUCAUCCACGGUACGAAAAUCACUGAUCUUAUUUGAAAGGACAAAAUAAGAUUAUUUGUUGAUUACAUGUUGUUUUUCAUCAACAUUCAUGUAUGCAGUUGGAAAGAUGCCAUUUAUUUCCAAUGAACUUUCCGAUCGAUACUUCUAAAUUAUUUUUAAUUUAUUGACAACUUCGGUAGCACUUCUGUAGUAUUUAUAUCUGCUUAAUGAAUACUUUGACAUCUUAAUUGCAACAUAAUUGAAGUUGUCAAUUUAAUUUGAAUCAAUUAUAGAGACCGCGCCUAAGAUUUUUGUAUGAAUAAAAAUAAUUAAUUUUCAAUAAGAAUUAAAACCUGUAUUGGUACAACGACUAUUUCAUUUUUUUUUCAAAAUAGAUCUUCCAACUGCGUAACCCACUUGUUAAACAUUCUGUGAUGACCGUCUAUUUUCUUGACGUCUUGUCGUCUUUAUACACACUGUCUGUAUUUUCACGCUAAACCAACUCAGAGCUGAAAAUCAAACCAAUCUAUGUAUAUCUAUAAAUAUAUACAUAUGUAUAUAUGUCGCUGUCGCUCUCUCUCUCUCUCUCUCUCUAUAUAUAUAUAUCUUUCUCUCACAGACACACUCUCUGCUCAUCUCGUUUGUUUUUCUGAUUUUGUUUCUGUUUUGUCUUUGCUCUUCGUGCGACGCAAUAUAAUAAUUGCUCACGAAACAUCGCCGAUAACGAACCAUGCAUUCAUGGUAUGUCGCGGCGGCGUUCGCUCGGUCGAAACGCGAUGCGAUAACGGCCGAACCUGCCCCUACGACUUCUACUACCACCAACACCAACCAUCACUACUACUACUACUACUGUACCACCACCAUCAAUCGACCGUCUUCGACCAUCGGCCAUGUGUAUUGUGCGAAACGGAAAACAAUCACCGUUACGCUGAUGGACCAAUCCCCGGGUGCUGACAUAUUCGAUUUUCGAUGCAAACUAACCAAACGCAAAAAAUGACCAAAAAUGAAACGCAAAAUUAUUUAUUGAAAAAAAAAAAAUACGAAAACGAAAAA